GCAGAGUACUAUUUUUUUCUGAUCAAUAUGGCGUUAUUCAAACGUCAAAGCAAAUGAACAGUGGUGUUGUGGUCCGUGGCGUUUAUUUAGUGAUAUCGUGAACCAUGGCUGGUUUUACGGAAAACGCGUUAGUUCGUAAGCUCCAAGAACUUAAUUCGAGUCAACAGAGUAUUCAAACGUUAUCGUUAUGGCUGAUACAUCAUAGAAAACACCACGCUGUAGUCGUCAAAACUUGGUUCAAAGAAAUACUAAAAGCUAAGGAUACAAAACAGCUGACAUUUAUGUAUCUAGCUAAUGAUGUGAUACAAAACAGUAAAAAGAAGGGUCCGGAAUACGGCAAGGAGUUUGGUGAAGUCCUCGUUGAAUCCUUUAAGCAUAUGGCAAAGACUGGUAUUACUGCUAAGACUAAGCACUCCCUGCACAGAAUUCUCUCUAUUUGGGAGGAGAGAGGAGUCUAUGACUCACAGAAGAUUCAGGAGUUUAAGGAGGCUGUUGACCCGAGCGACGCUCUCCCAAAGAAGAACAACAAACGCAAGUCGACUGAGGUAGAAAAUAAUAAGGAGCCUGAGAAGAAGGCGAAGAUCGAGGCUAGGGCUAAGCAGGAGCGUCGGAAGAGCGAGACCAAGGAGGUUGAUGGACAUCUCGAGACGCACACCACGCUGAGCCCCAAGACUCCGCCUGGAGACCCACCGGAACCUGAGGAACUAGUCAAGGCUCUGUUAGAGUUAGAAUCAAGUGCGUCCAGCGACGAGGCCGUUAGAGAGAGAAUCGCUUCGCUCCCACCGGAAGUUUCCGAAGUCCAAUUAUUGUCUAAGUUAGAAGAUAAGGAAUCGGCGUUGAGUCUGAGCGCGGUGGUGAACUCUGCGGUGGAGCUGCUGGCCGAGUACAACCUGCGCCUGAGCGAGGAGCUGGACAAGCGGCGCCGCGUGGCCGCCAUGCUGCGGGACUUCGCGCAGGCGCAGCGGGACCUCGCCAAGCAGGCCGAGGCCAGGCUAGAGGAAUACAACAUAAAACUCCAAAAGAUAUACGCAGUGAAAGCCGAAGUUAAAUCCCACAUAGAGAAUUUACCGGACGUGUCUCGUCUGCCCGACGUGACGGGAGGGCUCGCGCCCUUGCCCUCCGCCGGGGACCUCUUCAGCGUGUGACACAAGACACGCAAGCUGUUACACUGCGACCUCACAGCCCGGGAGAAACCUGUGUGGACCUGGAAACGUGGCAAAA